GGAACCUGGUAGGUGGGCGGGCUGACGGGAGCCAGGAAGAUGGCGGCGCAGGCUGUAUCGCUCCUGCGGGAGGUGGCCCGGCUGGAGGCGCCGCUGGAGGAACUGCGUGCGCUGCAGUCAGUGGUGCAGGCUGUGCCGCUCCACGAGCUUCGCGAGCAGGCGGCGGAGCUACGCCUCCGCCCGCUGUUCUCCUUGCUUAACCAGAACAAUCGAUUGGAAGAAUUGUUGAAAAUUCAGAAGCUGUUACUGAGAUUCUGAAUAAUGCUGAACUGUUGAAAGAGAUUGUUUAUUGCAUUGGUGGAGAGAAUCUAUCUGUUGCUAAAGCGGCUAUUAAGUCCCUGUCAAGAAUAUCACUAACCCAAGCUGGACUGGAAGCUCUAUUUGAAAGUAAUUUGCUGGAUGAUUUGAAAAAUGUAAUGAAGACAAAUGAUAUUGUUCGUUACAGGGUAUAUGAGCUAAUUAUAGAUAUUUCUUCUGUGUCGUCAGAAUCUUUAAACUACUGUGCCACAAGUGGACUGGUGACCCAGCUCCUAAAAGAGCUGACGGGUGAGGACGUGUUAGUCAGAGCCACCUGUAUAGAAAUGGUGACGACACUAGCAUAUACCCAUCACGGACGACAAUACCUUGCUCAAGAAGGAGUCAUUGACCAGAUAUCCAAUAUAAUUGUUGGUGCAGAUUCAGACCCUUUCUCUGGCUUCUAUCUGCCAGGAUUUGUGAAGUUUUUUGGAAACCUGGCCAUCAUGGAUAGUCCUCAGCAGAUCUGUGAGCGCUACCCUGUUUUUCUGGAGAAAGUGUUUGAAAUGGCGGAUAGUCAAGACCCCACUAUGAUUGGUGUAGCUGUAGACACAGUUGGAAUCCUGGGAUCCAGUGUUGAAGGAAAACAAGUUUUACAGAAGACAGGAACCCGCUUUGAACACCUCCUCAUGAGAAUAGGAUAUCAAGCAAAGAAUGCUUCCACAGAAUUGAAAAUUAGGUGCUUAGAUGCAGUUUCCUCUCUUCUGUAUUUAUCACCUGAGCAGCAGACUGAUGACUUCCUGGGAAUGACAGAAUCCUGGUUUUCCUCCGUGUCUCGGGACUCCCUGGAGCUCUUCCGUGCUAUCAGUAACCAGCCCUUCCCUGAACUGCACUGCGCUGCCUUGAAAGUGUUCACAGCUAUUGCAAACCAGCCCUGGGCUCAGAGACUUAUGUUUAACAGUCCAGGUUUUGUAGAAUUUGUCAUGGACCGGUCUGUGGAACAUGACAAAGCUUCAAAGGAUGCCAAAUAUGAACUGGUAAAAGCUCUUGCCAAUUCCAAGACAAUUGCAGAGAUCUUUGGGAACUCAAAUUAUUUGAGGCUCAGAACGUACCUAAGUGAAGGUCCGUACUACGUGAAACCUGUUGCCACAACAGCAGUGGAAGGAGCUGACUGAUUGCUUUCCGUCUAAGACAGCAGAAUUUCUCAAGACACGUGAUUCCAACUGUGCUCCACACUGCAGGAUGUCUGUCUUCCCAGAGCUACCAUGGAGUGUGACACAGCCUCACCAUCAGCAGUGUUGUCCCCAGCGCUUAGGCCGCAGUGAAAGCUGCAGGAACCUGAAAGCACUCCAGCUUUCUGGAGUCCUCUGGCUACUGGAGUCUUUACUGCAAGGUCAAGGUUUGUUUUCUCAAAGUUUCCAUGGGCACACUCAUGACCUCAUUUAAAAAUAAAAUGAAGCCAAAUGAUUCUGGAUUCUCUUAACCACAUUUUCUUUUUCCUUACCUGAUUUUGCCUCAAAAUCUUAGGUAUCUUGGGUAGUCUCUAAAAAUAAGUCAUUUAGAAUCAUCGAAUUAUAUUAUUUGUAUACAAGGAAUAAAUAGUUUUAAUAAGAUUUCUUGGUUACUUUUCCUUUGAAAAUAAAAUAAAUCUAAAACUUGUUUGGCAUUGGUACUUUGGCUGUGUGUCACUUUUACCAUGUUGUAGUUACAGGGAAGGGCGUGUGAUAAUGCCUUGACCAGAAAGUUUCCUUAACUAUUGUUGUAUUCAUUGGUGGGUCAUCAUCAUGGGUUGGGGGGUAAUUUUUCAGAUAUGAAGUCUAGUCUUGAGGUGAUCAGAGAGACACUCUGGCUCCUAAUGUCCAUAGUCAGAAGAGAAGGGACAGCAUGUACAAACCAAGGUGCCCUGUCAGAAGGGACAGUAUAUACAAACUAACAUGCCAUGUACACUGUUUUGCAAAUGUUUAUUCCUUCUUUACCUUUUCCCAGUGUUACUUUAUCUUAACAACAAAGCUCUUGACACACAAAAAACACUUGUCCAGGGUUUCUGCGUGAGCUUGUCAGUGACGGUUUAGAACCAGGCCCUGUUUCUUUUAGGCUGUGCUGAGGUCCUAUAACAUGAUUCUCUAAUGACUGGAAUCCUGGUCCAGUUGCAUCAUUUUUCCGCCGCCAACUCUUGAGUUUUCUUUCUCUAUACUUGAUCAUCUCUCUACAGCCAAUGUCACGUUAGGCUACAGCUAGAUACUUCCUGGCAUAAAAUAUUCAAAGUGACUUUUGUUUUAAUGAUAUACGUGUUUAUAAAUAUAUCACAUGGUGAAAUAAAAUAAACUAUUGUAAGUGUACUUUUAUUAUAUAUGUGUAGAUGUACAGUGAUUAUUGCUGUCCCUCUCCAAAACUGUCUUAUCUUUCAAAACUAAAGUUUUAUAUCCACUAAAUGGUAAUUCCUCCCGCUGCUGCCAGCCACCAUCCCAAGUCAGGCUGUUGACUUGUUUUUAACUUCAGGAUUCAGAGGCGUGCCCUCUCUCCUGUGUAUGGCAUGUAUACUCAUUCUGCUUUAUUUUGUUUUGUUUUCCUGAGACAGGUCUUCUCUUGUAUCCCUGAGUUCCUGGCUGUCCUAGAACUCACUAUGAUUCACCUGCCUCUGACUCUCAAGUGCUAUAAUUAAAGGUGUGCGCCACCAACUCUUAUUCUGCUUUUGUUUUGAUUUUUUUAUUCAGAUUUUAAAAGAACGAUAAGUUAUUAUUUUGCGUUUCAUAAGUGUGGUUUGAAUAGGUUUGACCACCAGAGAUCCAUGUGUUUGAAUGCUUGGCCCAUAGGGAAUAUCACUAUCAGGAGGUGUGGCCUGGCUGGGGUAGGCGUGGUCUUGUUGGAGGAAAUGUGUCACUGUGGGUGCUGAGCUUUGAGGUCUCCUAUGCUCAGACUCCACCGAAGGGUGGAACAGAGUCUCCUGGCUACCUUCUGAUCAAGAUGUAAAAUUUUCAGUAUUCCGGCACCAUGUCUGCCUGCAAACUGCUAUGCUUCUUGCUAUGAUGAUAAUGAACUUAACAUCUGAAACUGUAAGCCAGCCCCAAUUAAAUGUUUGCCUUUCU